AUGUUUGCAGCAACCCUCGCCAGCCAACUGGGGCCUCGGUUCCGAAUCGUCCUUCGAAAGCCUAUAAUAGAGAACAUAGCGUUCAAACUGCACUAUAAGGCGACAUGCACUCUCUUCCUUGCUGCUGUGAUCCUGGUCUGCAUGAGGGACUACUUCGGAGAUACCAUCAAAUGCAUGGCCGAUAAUGGCGUCCCUACCCCGAUCAUUGAGAAAUACUGCUUCUUCAUGGCUACAUUUACUAUCGUUCGACAUUACAACGAGACUCUCCUGCAAGGCGGGUUCCUGCCGCACCCUGGCGUGGGCCCCAUGAUGGAGGCCGACGAGACCCUGCAUCACACCUACUACCAGUGGGUGCCUUUCGUACUGUUCCUGCAGUCCAUUGCGUUCUACAUGCCGCAUUAUAUCUGGAAAAAGAAGGAAGGUGGUAGAAUAAAAGCAUUAGUAGACGGCCUGCAGUACGCAAGCCUCGCGCUGAUCAAGGAAGACAUGAAGGUUGGAAACAUGGACCUACCUUCCGAAGAAACGCUUAGCAAGCGUAUCGACAUCAUCCUUAAAGAUAUUAGAUUGAGGUUGCGCAUAACUCGCACAUGGUCAGUGUGGCUGGUAGCCAUGGAAGUGGCGAACUUGCUGCACGUCAUUUUCGAGAUCUGGAUCAUCGACAGGUUCCUCAAUGGAGGCUUCAUUAGCUUGGGCCCCAGAGUGCUCAAUUUGAGUGAAUGGCAAAACAUUGCUGACCCACUCGAGACUGUGUUCCCCAAGGUGACAAAGUGCAUCUUCCACAAGUACGGUCCGAGCGGUUCUAUCCAGCAGCACGACGCGCUCUGUGUGAUGGCGCUGAACAUCAUCCACGAGAAGAUCUACGCCGUGCUCUGGUUCUGGCUGCUGUUCCUCUUCAUCGUCUCCGUUAUUGCUGUGAUCUGGCGCGUCGCGUCGUUCUUCCUGUACCGUCGUUCCCCGAAGUUCAACAUGAUGAUGUUCCAAAGAGCCACUUCAGCCAAGUUUGACCCCAUGAACGUUAUCCACAUCGUCAACGGCUGCCAGUUCGCUGACUGGCUAUUCCUCUACUACCUCGCUAAGAACAUGCAAGGCGCUGUGUUCAAGGAACUAUUCACUCGCCUGGCUAAUGAGCUGGCGAAGAAAGAAGUAGCUGGUCAUGAAGAUCCGAACGAGAAGAAAGGAGCUGAACCUGAACUCGUAAGUAUUGUCAAUUACGAUGAUGAGACACUACCGCUGCAGGCUGAGAAGAAGUCUUCAUAG